CCAUUUGAUAUACAAUUGACAGAAAACGAAUAAAAUUGGAUCAAACCAUACCAAACCGGAGAGUCCUAGUUGGUUUACCAAUUGAUAUACAAGUAACUGAAAGCGAAUACAAAAUUGGAUAUCUUGACAAAAAUAAAUUGGAUCAAACCAUACCAAACCGGAGAACCCUAGUUGGUUUACCAGUUGAUAGUGAAGACUCCAACUCCAAGUUGCUUGGUCGGAGCUCCCCUCUCGUUAGCUACUGACUUGAAAUGAGAGAACUUUCAUCUCGACUUUUGAUUCCUUCUUCAUCUUCUACGUACGCCCUUAUCACACUAUACCUUACUUUGUAGAUUGCUUAAUUUUUGAACAAGUUGCAUGCUUUCUACUUCCUUGUCGAGUGUCACUUUGUCUCUCGACGACGCGCUUCACCUUCUCCAACGUUUCCUUACCUCCUCAAACCACAUCAAACAGAUCCACUCUGUUCUGCUCACCACCAACGCACUACUCCCUUCGAGCCGUAAGACCAAGUUCGUCUACAACACUCUCAUCCGAUCCUACCUCACCACAGGACACCACAAGACCUCUCUACAUCUCUUCAACCACAUGCUCGCAAACCAAGUCAAACCAAUCAACCUCACUUUCCCUUCCCUCAUCAAAGCAUCUUCCUCUUCCUUCUCUCUUCCCUACGGCCUUUCCCUUCACUCCCAAGCUCUUAAACGCGGCGUUCUAACGGACCCCUUUCUCCCGACUUCUUUCGUUCGUUUCUACGCCCAAGUCGGUGACUUGAGUAGCUCGAGGAAGGUGUUCGACGAAAUUCUAAAACCUUGCGUUAAGGCUUGCAACAGUAUGAUUGAUGCUUUCGGAAGAAACGGAGAGAUGGGUUCUGCUUUUGAACUCUUUCGGAGAAUGCAUGCAACUGAUGUGGUCUCUUGGACUAGUGUCAUCAACGGGUUUGGUAAGAACGGGGCCCACUCCAAAGCUGUAACGCUUUUUAGGGAGAUGAUAGUGGUGGUAACGCCCAAUGAAGCUACUUUGGUUAGUGUGCUUUCUUCCUGCGCUAAUUUAGAUCGAGGAGGUGUUCAUUUAGGGAAGCAGAUUCAUUGUUAUGUUAUGAGGAGGGAGGUGAUUCUCACUGCUACGUUAGGUACUGCUUUGGUUGACAUGUAUGGGAAAGGAGGUGACUUGGAGGCGGCGUUGAUCGUUUUCGAUCAAGUUUAUGAUAAAAAGGUUUGUUCUUGGAACGCGAUGAUCUCAGCUCUUGCCUCCAACGGUAGACCUGAGAAGGCGUUGGAGAUGUUUGAGAUGAUGAAGGCGAGGAAUGUGGAUCCGAAUGGGAUCACUUUACUUGCGGUGCUCACGGCUUGUGCGAGGUCUAAGCUUGUGGAGUUAGGUGUCAAGCUGUUUAGUUCCGUGUGUGGUGAGUAUAAGAUCACUCCAACGUCGGAGCAUUACGGUUGCUUGGUUGAUCUCAUGGGAAGAGCUGGACUAUUGGCUGACGCGGUGAAUUUCGUGAAGAGUUUGGGGUUGGAGGCUGAUGCUUCGGUUCUUGGUGCUCUUUUGGGUGCUUGCAAGAUUCAUGAGGAUGCUGAGUUAGGAAAUGAAGUAGGGACAAGGCUUAUUGGACUGCAGCCAGAGCACUGUGGGCAGUACGUGGCGUUGUCGACAUUAAAGGCUUUGGGUAAUAAUUGGACAGAAGCAGAGGAGAUGAGGAAGGUCAUGAUAGAAGCUGGAAUUCGGAAAAUCCCUGCAUAUAGUGUCUUGUCUUAAGGCUGGCUUGAGAAGUGAAAAUAGAUUGGUUUCAGUCACAAGAGUUACUGUGUAAUCUCUUGCUUCUCUUAGUUCAUUGUUAUGGUUUGCAAUAUUCUUAUGCGCUGAACAUUAGGAGAAAGCAAACGCACACAUAAACACAAGUUAAUAAUAUGCUUAUGUUUCUCUUUCA